AUGCCCAGGGACAAUGAGCAGUCGGACAAGUUGAGAGAGCAAUACGGGCUGGAGAACACAGACGGAGACGCCGCCAAGCCUCGCCCCGCCCUUCGGGAGCAGUCUAGCGACAACUGGACCGUCUCGCAUCGUCCCUCCUCCCACACAUCUCUCACCUGGAGCCCAAUCUCCACCUCCUCUCCCAGGGCCUCCAAAGGCCGGACGGGCCGCUCCUCCAGCCGGCACCGGACGCGCCUAAGGCUCCUGCACCCCAGAAGGACUCUCACACCGACACCCGCCCGGCCGGGGUCUCGGGAAGUACCCGUCGGCCCCUGGGCUCCGACUUUCCCGCCUUGCGCGGAUCCCGAGUCCGGACGCCCCGGGGGACCCAAUCUUCCAGAUCUGGGGCCCGCCCUCCAACCGUCCAGAUCUGGGACCCAAGCCCCGGCGCAGGCCAGAACUCUAAGCAGGAUCUGCAAAGAAGGCGUCAGUCGACGCUUACUCUCCACUCCGCCGUGCCGCGUUUAUUGGGAGCGGGGCGUAGGCGCGCGCAUGCGCACUGGGUGUAAACCGCUAGUUGGCAGGGGACCAAACCAACUGCGCAGCCAGAGAGCGGGAGGGACCACCCGAGUGUCGUGCGCCUGCGCACUCUCCCCUCGGCUGUGCAUCCUGGCCUGGAAGACGCGCGCGGGGCGGGGCAGAGCGGACGCAGGGAGGGAGGCACCGCGCACGCGUAUUCUGCGCCGGGUCUUGCUGCGUCGUCGGAGAGCUGGGCGCAGGUGCGCGCAUGCGCACUGGGAGGAGGGGCGCGCGUUGGCAGGUGUCUGGGCUGGGCGUCGGCGGGCAAUGGGGUUGCUGGCGCUGUUGCUCAUCGCGCUGUGCGCGGCGGGCGUCCGAGGGCUCUAUUUCCACAUCGGCGAGACCGAAAAGCGCUGCUUCAUCGAGGAAAUCCCCGACGAGACCAUGGUCAUCGGGAACUACCGCACUCAAAUGUGGGAUAAGCAGAAGGAGAUCUUCCUACCCUCGACCCCCGGCCUGGGCAUGCAUGUGGAGGUGAAGGACCCUGAAGGCAAGGUGGUGCUGUCCCGGCAGUACGGCUCAGAGGGCCGCUUCACCUUCACUUCCCACACUCCUGGUGACCAUCAGAUCUGCCUGCACUCCAACUCUACCAGGAUGGCUCUCUUUGCUGGCGGCAGACUGCGUGUGCACCUAGACAUCCAGGUCGGGGAGCAUGCCAACAACUACCCCGAGAUUGCUGCCAAGGAUAAACUGACGGAGCUGCAGCUCCGAGCCCGCCAGUUGCUGGAUCAGGUGGAACAGAUCCAGAAGGAGCAGGAUUACCAACGGUAUCGUGAAGAGCGCUUCCGUCUGAUCAGUGAGAGCACCAACCAGAGAGUCCUGUGGUGGUCCAUCGCUCAGACCGUCAUCCUCAUCCUCACUGGCAUCUGGCAGAUGCGUCACCUCAAGAGCUUCUUUGAGGCCAAGAAGCUGGUGUAGUGCCCUCUCCAUAUGACCCUUUCCUGUCACCUCAGUUGUUUGGUACUUUCCCCACCCAAUACCUUAUCCAUAUGGAUUUUGAGGGAAAAAAACAGUGAAAAAAAGAAUAUAAGCCACAUUGGUUCCAUGGCAACAAAGCAUUCAGAUCAGCCACUUGUUAACACUGGUUCUCAAGGACACAGGACAUUGGUCCAAGCUUUCAAAGAUCUGUCUUGGGGUUUGUGGGGAGUCAGAACUGACCCAGGGCUAAGUCUUGCUUCUUUCGCCACUAGUGAUUCCUCUCCAUCCUGUCACAAAAUGAGCAAAUGUCUCUCCUAUUGCUUUAACCUCUCUCUUCGUCUGCUUAGAAAGUAGGCGACCAAAAUGCCCCACCGAGGAGGCCCCACCUCACUGCUCCCCUGUCAGUCCUGGGUUCACUCAGUGGCUUCGUGAAUGUAAAUAAGGGGCAAAGGCCCUAGAGGAUUGAAAUGUUUUUCUAUAUAUUAGAACUAUUUUUUGAUAAAAUUAUAUAUUUUCCUUCCUAGUUGAAGUGUUAACUGCCUUUGUGUGACUAGCUAAAAACACCAAUGCAGUCCCUUCUGCAUUGUUUAUCCAUGCAUUCUUGAUAACUACCUACCAUGGCAGCUCUCAGGAUUUCAGCUCUUAGGGCCAGAAAGCAGACAUCACAGCUGCUCUCAAGGCCUAAUCAGAGGGCCAGGCAGAGAAUUCUCUGGGACACCUGUGAUUUCCAUCACACAGGGCCUGAGUUCAGACUGAGGCAGUGACAGAGCUAGCACAAGGCAGGGCACUCUUACCCUUCCAUUUCCCUUAACCUUUAUUUAAGCUGUGGUAAAUGUUUUCUUCGUGGGAACCAGAUUUGGUUCUUUAUACAGAUUUUUCCAGUGAAAUAAAGCGUGUUGUAGUA